AUGGUUAAAGUAACACCAAGUUGUCGUGUUGCAUUAAAAAAUGAUAGCUAUACAGUACAUAAAAUUUUACCAAAUAACGUUGAUCCAUUAGUUAGUUUAAUGAUGGUAGAAAAAGUUCCCGAUUCUACCUAUGAAAUGAGUGUUUUACUUUAUAAUCCACCGGGUACUGGUAAAACUCUUUUAGUUCGAACAGUUGCACAGUAUAUUGAAUGUACAUUUAUUCAUGUAUCGGGCUCGGAAUUAGUUCAGAAAUUUAUUGAUGAAAGUUCACGAAUGAUUCGUGAAUUAUUUUUUAUGGCUCGUAAACAUGCACCAUUAAUUAUAUUUAUGGAUGAAAUUGAUUCAACACGUGUUGAAGGUAGUUCAGAUAGUGAUAGUGAAGUGCAACGAACAAUGUUAGAAUUACUUAAUCAACUAGAUGUUUUUGAACUAAAACAAAAUAUAAAGUAA